AUGCAACAAUUUUUUUUUUUUUUCUUUCUGCAGUUUUUUUUCUUUUUUUUCUUUUCUUUCUUUUUUUUCUUGAUUUUUUUUAUUUUUCUUCUUCUAUUCAUUUUUUUUAAUACUUUUUUUUUUUUCUUUCAUUCUCUUUCUUUCUUUCUUUUUUAUUUUCUUUUUUUUAAUGAAUUUUUUUUUUUUUUUUUCUUUUUAUUUCUUUCUUUCUUUUCUUUUUUUUCUUUUUAUUUUUUAUGUCAAUUUUCUAUUUUAGUCAAAAUUAAUUUUUUUUCUGAUUUUUUCUUUCUUUCUCUUAUUUCUUUCUAUAUAUUCUUUUUUUUUCUUUUUUAUCCCCUUUCAUUCUUUUUUCUCAUUUUCUUUCUUUUUUCUUUCUUUCUUUCUUUCUUCUUUCUUUCUUUCUUUCUUUCUUUCUUUCUUUCUUUCUUUCUUUUAUGUUCCUCUUCUUUUAUUUUAGUCCCUUUAAUUCUUUUUUCUGAUUUUCUUUCUUUUUUCAUUCUUUCUUUCGUUCUUUCUUUCUUUUAUCAUAUAAUUUUUUUCCCUUUCUUUUUUCUCUCUGGAGGUCUUUCUUUCUUUUAUGCCCCUCUUCUUUUCUUUGCCUUCCUAUAA